CUCGUCGGCCGCCGUCGAGUCAGGAAGUAAACAUGGACGGGUCGCCUCGGUCCUACUGCAGCCUGUGGGACGCACAGAAGCGGAACCGGUUCCUCUGCUACACGCGCACGGAACCGGGAACAUGGAACCUCUGUUUGACAGACGCAGCCGAUGUUUGGAGCACGCAGGGCGGCGACGCCGCGUGGAGCCAGUUUAGACGGCGGCUGGCCUGGAGCUCCCCAGAGGAGUGUAUUCUAAACCUCAGGUCGGCCGGGGGGAGAGGGGGCGGGUCGGUUGCGGUGCGUGACGCCGGUGCGGAACUCCAGGUGAGCUCCGGUCCAGGAGACCAGAACCUGACCCUGUCCAGACUGGACGGCCCGCUGGCUGCAGCGGAGCUGAAGGAGCUGCUGUUCAAGAUGGCCGACCGCCUCGCCCAGCCUGAAGGUGGAUCUCCUGUCAGUCCAGUGAAAAGUCACCAAAGGUCCACAGACUUUGAACCCCAGCUGCAGCUGAGCUGCGCUCCGUCAGCGGUGAUGAAGAAACGUCUUCCGGGAGCUUCUCUCGUGAACCCGGGAACCAAAAGAGCGCGGCAGGCGACCGGCGUGGCCUUCGAUGAUGAAGAUUGAUGAAGAUGAUGAAUGUGCUCUAAAUCGACGAACAACGUUAUCAUGACGCUUUUUAAAAUCUCAGCAUUUCUGUGAAUGGUAUUUUAAUCUGUAAAUGAAAUAAAUGAGUUGCAAGACGUGUGUGUGUGUGACAACAGAAACAA